CUAAGAGUCCCGUCUUGGAAGCAUGUAUCCGAAGUUCCCCAAUAUCAACAUCGCAGCCCUCAGUUACUGCUAAGGAAUGCAAAACCAACUAUCUCAGCUGCUUCCUCUCUGCUCAUCUCCUCAAAAGCUUAAUUGGCCUGAGUAUUAAGCUUCAGAUGUCAUUGGUGCCUCACUUGUGUAACGAGUCGCUCUGGCAUUGAUAGAUGGAGAGGGGUAGAGAAGCUCAAAAUGUCCAUCAUUCUCUCUCGCCGGAUUGUCUCAUCCUCCAAACUUCAAGCUUCCUUCAGGCCCUCUGCAGUCUCAAGUAUCCCACAACUCCAGUUCGUCCGCAGGUCCUUCCUGACAUCGAGUGUCCGACCGGCUAGGUCCAAAAUGGAGGUUGAGCUCACUGCCCCAAACGGGAAGAAGUGGAUGCAGCCUCUAGGCCUCUUCAUCAAUAAUGAAUUUGUCAAGAGUGCCAAUGAGCAGAAGAUAGCUUCCAUCAACCCUACGACCGAAGAGGAGAUUUGCUCCGUGCAUGCUGCAACAGCCGAUGACGUUGAUAAGGCGGUUUCCGCUGCCCGCAAGGCCUUCAAACACAAGUCAUGGAAACUCCUCAGCGGCACUGAGCGCGGGGCUCUUAUGACAAAGCUCGCGGACCUCGUCGGCAAGAAUGCCGAGAUCCUCGCAACCAUCGAGUGUCUUGACAACGGGAAGCCGUAUUUCGUAGCCCUCAACGAUAAUGUGACCGAGUUCCAAAACGUCCUCAGGUACUACGCUGGCUACGCCGACAAGAACUUUGGCCAGGUCAUCGAUGUCGGCCCAACAAAGUUGGCCUACACCGUCAAGGAACCCCUCGGCGUGUGUGGCCAGAUCAUCCCUUGGAACUACCCGCUCGACAUGGCUGCCUGGAAGCUCGGUCCUGCACUGUGCUGCGGCAACACUGUCGUGCUGAAGCUAGCUGAACAGACACCCCUCUCCAUGCUAUACAUAGCCAAGCUGAUCAAAGAAGCCGGCUUUCCUCCCGGAGUUGUUAACAUUAUCAAUGGCCAUGGCAGGGAGGCGGGAUCGGCCCUGGUACAGCAUGUGGGUGUCGACAAGAUUGCCUUCACCGGCAGCACGGCGACGGGCAAGGAGAUCAUGAAGAUGGCAGCCUCAACCAUGAAGAACAUUACCCUGGAGACGGGAGGGAAAUCGCCACUCAUCGUGUUCGAGGACGCAGACCUGGACCUUGCAGCAACGUGGUCACACGGAGGGAUCAUGAGCAACCAGGGACAGAUAUGUACAGCAACAUCGCGGCUCUUGGUUCACGAGAAGGUUUACGACAACUUCAUUUCAAAGUUCAAGGCCGCAGUAGAUAAGCUUUCGGUCCUCGGCGACCCAUUCGAGGAAAGCACAUUUCAAGGGCCUCAGGUGACAAGAGCACAGUACGAGCGAGUGCUGAGCUACAUCAAGUCCGGGAAGGAUGAAGGCGCAACCGUCUUGAUGGGCGGCAAGCCUGUGCCGCAGAAGGGGAAAGGGUUCUUUAUCGCCCCGACCGUGUUUACGAAUGUGAAGACGAGCAUGAGGAUCUACCGGGAGGAGAUUUUCGGGCCUUGCGUUGCCAUCGUCUCCUUCCGGACGGAGGAGGAGGCCAUUGAGAUGGCGAAUGACACGGCAUACGGCCUCGGUGCCGCGCUCUUCACCCGGGACCUGACCCGAGCUCACAGGGUGGCUCGCGAAAUAGAAGCGGGAAUGGUCUGGGUCAAUAGCAGCAACGACUCGGAUUACAGAAUCCCAUUCGGAGGCGUCAAGCAGUCGGGUAUAGGUCGCGAGCUUGGAGAGGCGGGUCUUGCCCCGUACUGCAACGUCAAAAGCAUCCAUGUAAACAUGGCGGCGAGAUAGGCGAGAUGAUCCAUAGCUACCAGUAAUAAAUGGUGAGGAGACCGUGUC